AUGGACCCCAAGAAGCUGGUUGAGGGCUCUGCGAAGCAUCCGCAGCCGGGCAAGGUGUUUCACAACCUCCUAGACUCGGUCGUAUACCGCGUCGGUCUCCUCGCAGCCCUGCGCUCGCGAAAGCUCAAUGGCCAGACCAUCGGAGUCAUGAUCACGGCCUCGCACAAUCCGCCCGAAGACAAUGGCGUCAAGCUCGUUGACCCAAUGGGCGAGAUGCUGGAGGCAUCGUGGGAGGCUUACGCUACUCUGCUCGCCAACGCCGCGACGGACGAAGCGCUGCUGGAGCUGUACAAGAAGCUGUCGAGCGAUCUCAAGAUCAACGGCGAGGCUCCCGCACGGGUUAUCUUCGCUCGGGACACACGCGCUUCUGGCUCAAGGCUUGUGGGGUGUCUCGUCGACGCGCUCGAUGCUGCUGGAGCGGAACAUACGGAUUUUAAGUUUCUGACCACACCGCAAUUACAUUACCUGGUUCGUUGCGUGAAUACAAAGGGCACGCAAUAUGAGUACGGAGAUGUUAGCGAGCAGGGAUACUAUGAGAAGAUUGCCUCGGCGUUCAAGCGGGCAAUGAAACACAGGAAAUCUAGUGGCGCCGUCACGGUUGACUGCGCGAACGGAGUCGGUGGCCCAAAGCUCAAGGAGCUGCUCAAGUACCUGCCAACCAAGGCCGAGGGCGGCGUUGACAUCAAGGUCAUCAACGACGACGUUGUCAAGCCUGAGAACCUCAAUGUGCAGUGCGGCGCCGACUUCGUCAAAACCAACCAACGCGCGCCUCCCUCCUCCUCCGCGAAGCCCCUCGAGCGCUGCGCCUCCCUCGACGGCGACGCCGACCGCGUAGUCUACUACUUCACCUCAGACGAAAACACCUUCCGCCUGCUCGACGGCGACCGCAUCGCCACGCUCGCGGCCUCCUUCCUCGGAGACCUAGGCCGCCAGUCCGGACUCGCCGAGCAGCUCAAGAUCGGCGUAGUGCAGACCGCGUACGCCAACGGGGCCAGCACGCAGUACGUCGAGGCGAACCUCAAGCUGCCCGUCAUCUGCACGCCCACGGGCGUCAAGCACCUGCACCACGCGGCCACGCGCUUCGACAUCGGCGUCUACUUCGAGGCCAACGGCCACGGCACGGUGCUGUUUUCGCCCGCUGCCCUCAAGGCCAUCGCGACCCAUGAGCCGCGGAGCCCCGCGCAGCAGGCCGCGCUGGAGACGCUGCAGGCGCUGACGGAGCUCAUCAACCAGACGGUAGGGGACGCGCUGUCGGACCUGCUGCUCGUCGAGGUGAUUCUCGCGCACAAGAACUGGGGCAUGCGGGAGUGGCUGGAUACGUAUGUUGAUUUGCCCAACAGGCUUGUACGAGUUGAGGUCAGGGAUCGGAAUAUGUUUGUUGCGGUGGAUGCGGAGAGGAGGCUUGAGAGCCCACUGGGGGCGCAGGCGGAGAUCGAUAAGCUGGUUGGGAAGUAUAAGCAGGGAAGGAGCUUUGCGAGGGCGAGCGGGACCGAGGAUGCGGUCAGGGUGUAUGCGGAGGCGGCGACGAGGGGCGAGGCGGAUGAUUUGGCGGGGAAGGUCGCGAAUGUUGUUCGCCAGUUCGGAGCGGCGGCUUGA